AUGUCUCAACAAAGCGAUAACGUGUCGAACAAUUCUGAAAAUCAAAGUCUGACUUCGUCAUCAUUAUUUCGAUCAGCUUCUAAUCUAUCAAUGGUGAAUGUUUCAUCUAUUAGCCUAGCACCCUCUAUUGCCAAUAGUCAAAUUGUGUCAAACACUGCUCCAAGCAUAUACAGUAGUACUACGUGUUCACUUGUUAAUGAAUGUAAUACUAAUUCACCAAUUAGCAAUAACAGUAGCGUAAAUACAAUUAGCAACAGUAAUGAUAAUAACACUCGACUUGUGCAUGCUCCUACACUGGAAUGCAUUCAUUCUACCUCAGAAAUAACAAUGCCUUCACAACAACAAAACGUUUACUCAUCAAGCAGUUUGAUUGUUAGACCAGAAGAGCAUCUAAAUACAUUUUCGGUGUUAACAAACUCGCAACCAUCACCAGAUAUGCAACAUUUUCUCUCACCAAUUUACAUCAAUGAGAUCUCUCAAAAUAUUCAACUAAUGCCGAUAUUACAAGCUCAUUCUGCUUCUUCUCACCCUAAUGCUUCUCCUAGCACCCCAGUUCAUUACCACAAUGCUGGACUCCCACAAAUACCUAGCAGUCCACAUAAUUUGAGUUUUUUACUUGAAAGACAAGCACAAUGGGCACUAAAUAAUGCUUCAUUUUAUCUAAAAAUAUCAAAAAAUUUGAAGGAAUAUGCUAGAAAUGCAGCUGCUAUUUUGUCGCAGCCAGUACCUCAAUCGACCUAUCCAGCGGUUCGAAGUUAUGAGAAUCAAAUAGAUUUAUCAGCAACGGAGUCGGUACAACAACAAAUAUGUCAAGAGCAAAGAGAAUUACAUCAAAUACAGGAACAACAGGUGGGAAUACGGUAUGAAGCGAAUAACAGCGAAUCAACUAAUGCAAACAAAAAAUUUGCUUCAAAUUCAACAUUAACCGAAAUACAUGAAGUAAAUAAAGAUGAUACUAUUCAAAUUUUCUCAAGGGAAAAAAUGUUUACGGAACAUCAACGGAAAGGAGCUUUACCUAAUUCUCCAUUACAUUCUUUGCAGUUUGAAUCUUCUACGACUGAAUUUCGGAGUAUAGAAGAUUACGGUCAGACAGACGCUAAUAAAACAAAUUCUACUUGUUAUAAUCAGGAAGAGCAAGACCAUCAGGUUGAUAUCAAUGAAGAAGAUUUUACUGGCUAUAAUCAGCUAGAUCAAGAUCACGAAGCUGAUGUUAAUAAAGAAAAUUCUACUGGCUACAAUCAGCUGGAGCAAGAUCGCCAAGUUGACGUUAAUGAAAAAGAUUCUACUUGUUAUGAUCAGGUGGAGCAAGACCAUCAAGUUGACGUUAAUGAAGAAAAUUCUACUGGCUACAAUCAGCUGGAGCAAGAUCGCCAAGUUGACGUUAAUGAAAAAGAUUCUACUUGUUAUAAUCAGCUGGAGCAAGACUAUCAAGUUGGCGUUAAUGAAGAAAAUUCUACUGUCUACAAUCAGCUUGAGCAAGAC